GUUCUUUCGCGAAUCGCCCAUCAUUCUUCCGUUCACCAUCCAGAAAACGCUGAGCUGUUCACUUCAGAUUUUGGGCUGAAUCCGAUGGUUUAAAGAUGACGCGACUGCUUUUAUUCUUCUUUCUGGCCUUGAUGCUGAUUCAUGGCAUAAUUUCAGUAAUUGUGGUAACCAGCAACCCUAAAGUGGAGGUGUAUGAGAAUACAAAUGCCGUUCUCUCCUGCAAGUUCCAGACGGAAAAAGAGACCAACCCACGGAUAGAAUGGAAAAAGAAAGGCCGUGAUGUGUCCUAUGUUUAUUUUGAUGGUGAAUUUACAGGCUUGUUUAGAGGCAGAGCAUCAAUCGAUGGAGCGACAGUGACCCUGCAUGGUGUUAAUCAGAAAGACUCUGGGAUCUACCACUGUGAAAUCACUGCACGCCAAGACCAGAUCCGUCUUGGGGAAGUCACAGUUUCCCUCACUGUUCUUGUUCCUCCCCAUGCUCCUUCAUGCCACGUGCCUGAGACUGCAGUCAGCGGCUCUGAGGUGGAGCUGCACUGUGAGGACAAGUUGACUGUCCCCCCUGUCACUUACAGCUGGUACAAGGACAACAGGCCCCUGAGCACAGCCCAUGUCACAGAAAUUAACUACAGUGUAGACAACAAAACAGGCACUCUGAAAUUUAAAAGCUUGUCAAAAUCUAAUGCAGGAAACUACCGCUGUGAGGCCUCUAGCAAUAUUGGGCCACCAAAGAGCUGCAUGGGUCAACAUAUGAACAUUACUGAGUUCGAACUGAAUCUGACAUUAGUGAUAGCAGUUGGAGUGUGUGCUGCUCUCUUACUGCUCUCCUGCUCUCUGGCUGUUUGUCUCUGCUGCCAGCGAGGCUACUGUUGCUGCUACUAUAAGGAAAGGAAAAGAGGAAAACAUAAAAGAAACCCUGCAAACUACAGCCCUCCAUCGGAUCCUGAACACUACAAGCACACAGAGUCCUUUGUGAUUUAAAUGGUUUUCCAAGACUUACACAGUGGAUGCUGGCAUAUACUUAUAACUGGAUUGCCAGUUUACACAUCCAGAAACUGAUGAACUAGCUCAUUGCUGAUUCAUGGACCUUCAACCUGCUUUACCUCUCCACACACUCUGCUGCUGAUAUUACAAACUGGAACAGCCUGUGUGCACCAACUAUGACCAGGAACCGAGAUUUCCCUAAUAAAAAAUCUUCAGCUUUUGGAUAUCGUCAAUACGUUGAAUUUUCCCUGAUAAACGGGCACAGACAGCCUGCUAGUGGUCAGAUUGUAUCACUGCAGGCCAAGCAGGCGCUAUUACACAUGACCCAUUUAAACACUUUUACUGUAAACAAGUCAACGUGGAUGUGUGUUAGUCAUAAAGUUUAUCUCGUCCCCGGUAUGCUUAAAUCCAUGUACAGGAAGUAUUUUCAUUGUUAGUGGGGUUUUUUUUUUUACAGUCUAAGAAAAUGCAGUUGUUUUCUACUACUGCGAUACCGUCACUCUCACUCUCUCUCUCUCUCUGUGUGGAAAAGGAAGUGCAUGAGCAAGAGUUUCACAACCUUUUGCAUGGAUGACUUCACUUCAAAUAAAAUAAGGGGGGGGGACAAAAAAGCACACCAAUAGUAUAUGUUCAACUGAUUUUAUUCAUU